GGUCACACAAACUCGGCUUCAUUCAAGAAGAGCAGACAAAAUAUCUCCCGCUCCGUUUCUCUCUCCACUGGAACUUCUCUAAUCAUUUUCCUUUCUCUAGUUUCUUCCUUUUCUCGGAAACCAAACAGAGUUCUCGCAGUGUUACCAUGAGUUUACUUAUAAACCAGAGUGUUAGUUGUUACAUGAAUAAUAAUAAUGGCCAGAGAACCAAUCACAGCAAAGAGAAAGCUACCGGCAAACUAUCAUCCACAAACGAGAAUCUUCGCCGAAAUGUUUUAUCCUUAUCAAAGAAUGACAGUCGCUGCAGCUCCAGAAUUAAAACUAUAGCUACGUCCCUCGCAGUUUCAAAUUUGAUUAAUAUAGACGCAGCAAAGGCUGUGUCUACUGAUAAAUUAUUGGAAGAAGCUACUAUUUAUAUGUAUACUUUAGCUGAUGGAGGCAUUGGAGACUGGUUAGGAAGGUUAUUAUAUUCAGCUGGACAACAGGCUAAUGAAGCUGUUCAGGAUCAGUUAUCAGCCCUUAGUUUCACUAGUUUGGCAGUUAUUUUUGGGGCAGGGCUUGUGACUAGCCUUUCGCCGUGUACGUUGAGUGUUUUACCAUUGACCCUUGGUUACAUUGGAGCUUUUGGCUCUGGGAAAAGCAGGGCAGAGGUCGUUGCAGAUUCGAUUGCGUUCGCAUUAGGAUUGGCAACUACACUAGCUCUUCUUGGUAUAGGAGCCUCAUUUGCUGGAAAAGCAUAUGGACAGAUAGGACAAGGGUUACCUUUGGCUGCUUCUGGUUUGGCUGUUAUUAUGGGUCUUAAUCUCCUUGAGAUUAUUGAAUUACAACUCCCUUCCUUUUUCAAUAAUUUUGACCCUCGUGCUGCAGCAGCUAAUUUUCCAUCAAGCGUGCAAGCAUAUUUAGCUGGUCUUACAUUUGCAUUAGCUGCCUCUCCUUGCAGUACACCUGUGCUUGCCACUUUGCUGGGUUAUGUAGCUGCAUCUAAGGAUCCAAUUGUAGGAGGCAGCUUACUCUUGACAUACACUACUGGCUAUGUUGCUCCUCUGCUUCUUGCUGCUUCUUUUGCUGGAGCUUUGCAGAGCCUGUUGUCAUUCCGAAAGUUCUCAGCAUGGAUCAAUCCAAUGAGCGGUGCACUUCUCCUAGGAGGGGGUGUAUAUACUUUCUUGGAUAGGCUCUUCCCGGUUUCAAUGUCAAUGUAGAUGUCCCAACAUGGAGUUCUGUAGAAUUUACUUCACAAUGUACAGAGAAAAAGAUCAAAAGGUUAAUGGAUACAAAGUAACAAAAAAAAAAAGAAAAAUAAUACACUGCAGGAAGGCUUCUCUGUUUUACACUAGGAAAUAGUUUGAUACAAACAAGUUGUGUACCAGAAUGAAGUGUGUAGCUGAAGUAUACUGAUGUUCCGUGAUCCAUUUCAGACUCCUUUAGUCCAUAGAUAUGAUAAUGUAUUUCUGAUGCUAUUUCUAUUUUA